GACCUUGUUUUUGUUGAUGUUUUAUUUGAGUGCGGCUGCGCGCUGCCCGACGGUUUCGCGGUUACUGCUGACGCGACUAGACAAGGAAAAGCAGCAAAGCUACUGGCUCGGAAGUGAAUAGUUUACACGGGUUGAGUGUAGUGAAUUUUGAGAGGCGGAGGGACGGAGGAAAUUCGGGGAUAAUCUUUGGCUUCCGAUUUAACGAACCUCAGCCGUAUGUGAUCGCCCUUCCCCGUCGUCGGACGCUGCCUUUGAGGGCCAACGAACAAAAUAGCACAUCGCCAUUAUAUGAUCCAGUGUCCAGAGUCACUUUUACCCUCCAUGUGGGUGAGGGAACUGUGUGUGUCAGAUUAUGGCGAGGAAAACAGUUAGCAGGAAAAGGAAGGCAGGAGAGCCGAAGGAUCAACAACAGCUGGGCUGGUGUCAGACGCCACACAAGCGGAGCCGUGUUUCUUGUUCCUCACGUCAUGCCCAGCAGUGGUGGUGCAGUCGGCGCUCUGUGGUAUGUGCUCUGCGGGGGCGGGAAUUCAGACCUCAACAGCAGCAUGAAUUACGGCUUCAGCGGAGCCUGCGGGGCUUUGCGGCCGGCAGACUCCCCAGCAUUCUCAAGGAGAGGGAGUUUUCUCUGGGACGGCUCAACAAGGUGUUUGCUUCACAGUGGCUCAAUCACCGGCAGGUGGUGUGUGGGACAAAAUGCAACACGCUUUUUGUAGUUGAUGUCCUGACAGGACAGAUCACACGCAUUCCCAUGCUGAAAGACAGGGAGUGUCGUGACGGAAGCUCUGGGGUGGUGGGUGCGGUGGCAGCCGGUCGGCAUUAUCACUCCAUAGGAAGCUCCCAUACUCGGCUGGACCAGCAAGGUUGUGGGAUCCAUGCUAUUGAACUCAACCCCUCAAGGACACUGCUUGCCACUGGAGGAGACAACCCUAACAGUCUGGCCAUCUACCAGCUGCCUACACUAGACCCUGUUUGUGUUGGAGAUGAUGGUCACAAUGACUGGAUAUUCUCAAUAGCAUGGAUCAGUGACAACAUGGCGGUUUCUGGGUCCAGAGAUGGCUCCAUGGGACUGUGGGAGGUUACAGAGGAAGUAAUGAGCCAGGCUGAGAAGAGUCAAAGUGAAGAGACAGUUCCCUCCUAUGCCCACAUCUCCCACCGUGCCCUCAAGGACAUCCCCAAGGAGUACACCAACCCAUACAACUGUAAAGUCCGUGCUCUGGCCUUCAACAACAACCAUAAAGAGCUGGGUGCUGUUUCCUUGGAUGGCUAUUUCCACCUCUGGAAAGCUGAGCAUAACUUGUGCAAGAUACUGUCCACCAAGCUGUCUUACUGCAAAGAAAAUGUGUGUCUGGCAUAUGGGCAGGACUGGUCGGUGUAUGCUGUAGGCUCUCAGGCCCAUGUUUCUUUUCUGGAUCCACGGCAGCCUACACACAGCAUCAAGUCAGUUAAUUCCAGAGAGAGAGGAAGUGGCAUCCGUUCAGUGAGUUUCUAUGAGCACAUCGUGACAGUGGGUACCGGCCAAGGUUCUCUUCUCUUCUAUGACAUCCGGGCUCAGAGAUUCCUGGAGAACCCUUUUAAUCCAACCGGAGGAUAUCGAAAGUGCCCUGGAGAUGGCAUCCUCAAGCUGACUACAGGAAAAGGCUGGCUGAAUCACGAUGAGACGUGGAGGAGUUACUUCUCAGACAUUCAUUCCUUCCCCAACGCGGUGUACACCCACUGCUAUGACGACUCUGGCACCAAGCUGUUUGUAGCAGGUGGACCGCUCUGUUCGGGCCUGCACGGCAACUACGCAGGAUUGUGGAGCUAGCCUCUUCCUCUCCUCCAUCACUUUAUCACUACAUCUUCGUCCAGAUCUUUACUUAUCCAGUCCCUCCAUCCCUCUCCCGCUUCAACCUCUCCCACAUUUGUCUUCAGUAUCGCUUCUGUCACUCUGUUUUGCUCACACUUGGACUCAGGAGCAUGAUCUUUUCCUCACCGUAUCACGGCUUUCAGUAUUAUUGUUGUGUAUAUUUGUGUCCACCAUUACACUGUUCUGUCUCCUUUUAAUGAUUCUUUUGCACUUCAGCAACUGUUUUUGUUUUUGAUUUUGUUUGUUUGUGUUUUGUUUUGUUUUUUGUGGGGUUUUUUUUGGAGGUUUUUUAAAAUAUAUAUGUAUAUAAAAAAUGUACAGACUAUUACUAAUUUUCAAGUGCUGCAAAGUCUGCCACUAAGCAAGUCAAGAGUUCUGGAAAACCUUAAGAAUAAAGUUCACAUUAGCUGAAACAUUACAUCCAACCUGCAGGGAUUAGACUGUGGUCUCUUGCUGAUUUGUUUUUUGUACAUACAGAUGCCGUUUUACCACGUUGUGAUAAAUGACCAUGUCUUUAAACAGACGGCAAUAAGAGAGAGGGAGAGAGGACGACGGACUGAAGAGACAAUUAAUUUGAAUGGACUAAACCAGAGAAUCUUUAGUGGUUGGAACAGCCCGCAGCAAUCACAAAGAACUUCUCCAGUGGGAAGUAAAAUGAAGAAUCCAAUCAGAGUGGGACUGUGUGUUCACUUUAUCCUCACUGAGAUGAUGUAAAAGAGAAACAUUUAAGGUUGAUGAAUGCAAUGUUGUUCUGCUAUAAAAUAAUUGGGGGGGCAUAUUUAAUUUUUGGACUGUGUGAUUUGACAGGUGUGCCCCUGUUGAUUUGCUUUAUUUAUUUUCCUCUUUCUCUGUCACUUUUAUUUGUCAGGAGUGUUUAUAUCUGCUUUGUGAGAGAAGUGUGUCCCACGCCCCCCCCCCCCGUGUUCCCGUUCCCUUUAACCAAAAUUGUACAAAUCCUGAUGUGUAAUCACUCUUGUGUUACUAGAGAGUUUACCCUAAGAUAAUAGGUUUUUGGUAGCGAGUUAAAAAUAAUCAGAUGUGAUGAUUAAUAGACAGAGGAGCCUUUAAUUAGCGGACUCAAGCUUCUUUUGGUUCUAGGACGCCUCAAGGAUCUGGGAAGAAGAUCUGUAGUAGCUCAGUUUGUUCUUCUCUGCGGUCCAGCCGGAAGGAUGCAAGAACUAAUGAGAAUUUGAGCUGUACCCUGGAGUUAAAUGCUGCAGGCGCACACACUUGUUGUCAGUUGUAAAACGUUGUUUCCUCUUCUUUUUCAAGGAGUGAGUGAAUCUGCUCUUUAUUUUGUUUGGUAGAGGCAGGGUAGGCUUGAGUUUUUGCCUUCAAGUCUUUCUGUGAAAGACUGCCGCAGGCGAUCACUUUUCCUUUUCUACAUGGAACUUUUCUCCAGUUUUCAUGAUAAUGAUUGACAAAAAAAAAAAAAAAAAUCCCAAUUACGACCAUGAAUUGAACACCUACCCAACACUUUUGAAGUGUAUUUUAUAUAUAAAUGUGUAUAUGUAUGUGUAAAAAACAUAAGGACAAUUGCAUACAUUUUUAUGUACAUGUCUGAGAAAGUGUGUGGAUUGAUGUUUACUUGGUGAUGCCCUUUGUGUGUGUGUGUGUGUAUAUGUAUAUAUGUGUGUAUAUAUACAUACAUAUGUAUGCAUAUAUACAUACACACACGCUUCAUGAAUGUUUUUACAAAUGACUGAAUUUGAGGAUAUUGUAAGAUAUAAACAUCUUGGGAAAACAAGCUAUUAAAUCUUUAAAAUGA